UCAAACGUAUCGGUGCGUACGGUACGGUACUUUAAUCGUACCGGUACGAGUACUCGUACCUACCGAAUCCAACAAUCACUGAUCACCGUUGAAACAAGAAACAUCAUCGUUCAGAGAGUACGACUGCGUGAAGGCGAAAAGUACUAGGYAUCCGAAGACACCACCUCAACCUCCACUUGCACCAGAGGGCACAGAACAGUAUAUCAAUCGACGGGCCACGACACGACACAGCAAUGAUUUUUYCACCGGCGGCAACAGCRGGUGCCUCGUUUCUGAAACGGCACGGGACGAAGGGUCUGCGGUGCCUCUCGUCUCUCGCCCAAACGCAAAGACAAACCACCCGCGGCGGGACAGCGAACGCGUGUGCGAGCACCGGUGUCCCGCCGAUCCCCGCGCUCCGGCCGGGGCCCGGGCUCCAAACCCCGCAGGGCUGGUUCCGACCCGCUCGUGCCGUGCUAGAUCCCGGCUUGCCGGGAUGCGAACGCGCCACCAACAACCUGGCCGACCUGGAGGAAGCGGUGGAGACAAUCGUCGAGAUGCGAAACGGUCGGAGACCGAAGAAAUCGAACAAGGGCAGCCGCCCCUGCUCCCAUGUGGGCCGAAGACGAAAAAAGGAAAAGGUGGGAAAGAGAAGCCGAGGCCGUGGUUAGUUSCUUCGUUGAUGGAUAGGGUACGGUACGGAUCGGUUCUGUACGACGAGUAAUGCUUACGGUGCACUGUCUUGGUUCGGUCAGCGCUCGAUCCACGAACGACUGGCCACGAUGUUCUGGGGUUUGGAGGAAACGGAUAUUAGUGUCAGUUUUCCUGGUUUUACCGAAACAAAACGACUGUUUGGCAAAAAGAUGAGAGAGAAGCGUUUCUAAAGCUGGCGCGAGCCCUCGUCGGUCAAUACUUUUCGAGGUAGCAACUCGGCAUCGAGCUGUGCUGUGGCGCAAACGGAUCCAUUGAAAUAAUAGAAACAGCAAGAUUUUUGCUUGGAUUGAUCGAUAAACAUUUGUUCAUUGUCUUGGAAUACAAUGCAAUACAAUAAAUGAAGUACAUAGUAUGAUCGCAAUCGUGAUCGUAAUUGCACUCGUACUUUCAAUGAUUCUGGACCAUGGGCRAGCUUCGUCGUAUGGAAGGUGUGAAGUUAUAUUCAAAUAAUUCAUUAUUGAUAUC